CUUUUGGACUCAGGUGUUUCCGCGUUAAGCCCGCGGAAGGACUCUGAUUUUACUCUAAACUACCUCAAACCCUCUUUUCCUUUUAUUGCUGAACUCUUUACAAAAAAGCCAGAGAGUGUCAGGCUUCAUUAACCGGACACCUUUUGGAUCCCUGCUGCGCACCAGGAGGAUCUGAGAGAAGAUGUAUUCUGCCAGAUAUAAUUACAACGACCGUAAUGGCCGCCACGAGAACAUCGACUUCCUGACUAACAAAGAGAAAGUGUCGUCCAAACGAAAGACUGGCAUCCUGAUCGGCGUUCUCCUGGCGCUUCUCGUCCUCGCAGCCAUAGCAGCGUUCCUCAUUUGGUUUUUCGUCUUCAAAGAUGAAGAUUCAGAAGCUACCCUCAGCUCACAUCUCAGCCCGACAGACAAGGUCUUCAGCGGACACAUGAGGCUGGCGAAUGUGCCGUACGAUCAGAAGCUGGAGGACACCACCAGCAAAGAAUUUCAGGAUUUGGCAGCUCAGUUGGAAAAAACUCUGGCAGAGAACUACAAGACAGAUCAGCUCCUUGAGAAAUACCACAAAAAAUCCGUGGUCACUGCUUUCAGUGAGGGCGUGCUUUCCUAUUACUGGUCCCAGUUUACGAUUCCCUCCUCUGACUCGGAGCUGGUGCCCGAGUUCUCAGAGGAACGGGUCUUGGAGGCCCUGGAAACCAGCGUUCAGGAGACGAGAAGCCAGGCGAGCCGCAGCGAAUUGAGAAUCACGGAGGUCACCACUGCAGAAACAGAUCCCCGCAUGGCCAGAAAGCCCACAGCCCAAGACUGUUUCUACCGUCUGGAGGCUGCACAAGGGGUGCAGACAUUCUCCUCUCCGGGAUACCCCACGGGCUACCCUGCCAAGUCUCGCUGUCAGUGGCAAAUCCGGGCCUCAGAGGAGAAUGUUAUAGUCCUGAAAUUCCCUUUUUUCCACAUCGAGGAUGACUGCUUUGAUGACUUUGUCUCCAUCUAUGACUCUUUGAGCCCCGACGAUUCCCAGGCCAUCACAGAGAAAUGUGGGCAGAGGCCUCCCUCCAACCCUCUGGAGGUGGCGUCAUCCGGCAACAUCAUGCUGAUUAACUUCAUUACUGACACUGAAACCCAGAGGCCUGGCUUUGAGGCCGAGUACAAAGCCAUUCCCAAGACUCAAGUGAUGAGAUGUGGCGGCGUCCUCUCUGACAAAGAAGGAACGUUUACGUCCCCACGUUACCCUGCCUUCUAUCCUCCUGCCGUGGACUGCAAGUGGACCAUACAGGUUCCUGCUGGGCAGAAGGUACGAGUGAAGUUCAACAUGUUUCGCAUAAAAGAGCCCGGAGUGGACGUCCGCAAGUGUCACAAAGAUUAUGUGGAGAUUAUGGGCACCAAGUAUUGUGGAGAAAUGUCCUCUUUAGCUGUGACGAGCAUCUCCAACAGCCUGACCGUGAUCUUCCACUCCGAUGAGUCCUACACCGACAAAGGCUUCAGCGCGCACUACAGUGCCUACGACCCUUCAAACCCUUGCCCCAACACAUUUGCCUGUCGCUCUGGCCUUUGCGUUGGAAAAGAACUGAAGUGUGACGGCUGGAACGACUGUGGCGAUAUGAGCGAUGAGACCCAGUGCAAAUGUGCCAAAGACCAGUUUGCUUGUGACAACGGUUUGUGCAAGCCGAAGUUCUGGGAGUGCGACGGCGUCAACGACUGUGGAGACUGGAGCGACGAGAAACAAUGCAGUUGUGAGGAAAAUGAGUGGCGCUGUGGGGACGGGGAGUGUCUGCCUCAGGACGUUGUGUGUGACAGCAAGAGGGACUGCGACGACGGGAGCGACGAGGCCUCUUGCAAAAGCUCUUCUGGUGUCUGCUCCGACUUCAGCUUCAAGUGUAAGGACGGGGAAUGUGUCAACAAGGUGAACGCCGAGUGCGACCGCGUCAACGACUGCUCUGACGAAUCGGACGAGGUCGGCUGUGGUUGUGGCACCAGACCUUACAAGUUGAACCGCAUUGUCGGAGGGCAGAACGCUGCGUUUGGAGAGUGGCCCUGGCAAGUCAGCCUGGCCUAUCAGACUACUGGACAUGCUUGUGGGGCCUCCAUCCUUUCUGAGACGUGGCUCCUUUCGGCUGCGCACUGCUUCGCCACCUUUGACACCAACUAUGGUGUUCCGUCCAACUGGCAAACCUACAGUGGUAUGCAAGACCUCUACAAGUUUGAUGGUGUCCAGCAACGCUCCCUGAAGAGGAUCAUCACCCACCCGGAUUACAACCGGAUGACCUUUGACUAUGACAUUGCAUUGCUGGAGCUCAGUAAGCCACUGGAGUUCACCAACACCAUCCAGCCCAUCUGCCUACCCGCUUCCUCCCACGUCUUCCCUGCAGGCAUGUCCUGCUGGAUCACAGGCUGGGGCGCGCUCCGAGAAGGAGGUCAGAAGGCGCAGAUUCUGCAGAAGGCGUCGGUGAAAAUCAUCAACGACACGGUGUGUAACGUGGUCACAGAAGGACAGGUCACCUCCAGGAUGCUCUGCAGCGGGUUCCUGAUGGGGGGGAUUGACGCAUGCCAGGGAGACUCUGGAGGCCCGCUGGCGUGUUUCGAGGAGAGCGGGAAGUGGUUUCAGGCGGGCAUCGUGAGUUGGGGUGAGGGCUGCGCUCGUCGAAACAAGCCCGGCGUCUACACGCGCGUCACCAAACUCAGAGACUGGAUCAAGAAGGAGACGGGGAUUUGAUGAUGUCUAUAGGAUGAAGGAGGGACGCAGACGGGAACAUCAGAGUGCCCAGGAAGCUGGAGACGGAACGAUGUAGUCCGAGUCGAGACAAGUCUCCCCGGGAUUUAUUCAUUUAGCAGCAGGCUCAGGACGCCGUUGUGUGGACUCAGCUACAUGAAUAACUUGGGCACUUUGUUUGGUUGUCAUCCCUGACGUGAGCUCCUCCUCCUUUUACUGACACUCACAAAUCAACCAUAGUAACUUACGUUCUGCAUAAUUUUUAAAGGCAUUCAUUACCACCGUGUCUUUCACCUCAUCAAUUUAUGACACUUUUUACUGGUCAGUCUGCCCCGAGUGCAAGUAAUGAAAUAUGUAUGGUUUAGGAAUAAUUUUCCCAUGAUUUGGCCUGGGAGUUUUUUAAUAUAGAUUCAGUGCAUCGGUAUUUUACACAGCUUUUACAUUGUGCGUCUGAGCCCAGUAUUACGCCUUUUUUAAGCUUUAGUAUUUUAAAUUUUCAGUUCGGUGUAAUGCCGCCUUCUUAAUGCAAUGGACGGCGCACCUGGACAACAAAAUCACGCAGUGACCUGCUAUGAAGUUUGGAUUUUUAUAUGAUAAAAUAAUUUUGACAAAAGCUAGAUGGGAAUAAAAAAAAAAAAAUCUAAGAUAAACAUCCAUGUCGGGGCAUUUUCAUAUCAUACUAAAAUGAAUGAAAAA